AUGUCGCAGAAGUCGCCUUCAAAGAACAUCCUAUGCUCGAUCAUCGCGCGACGUCUAGAUAAAUUAGAGAGUUCUGCUCAUCAUGCCGAAGAAGAGUCAGAGCUAAGCCCCGAACAUGAUGAAAUAAGAGCGGAGGACGCUAAAGCAAAAAGACACAAACAAAAUGAUUGGCCUCCAGGAUCAAUAGGAGAGACUUCCGUGGUGGCUACUCCAGACGAGUCAGCUCACCGCGCCACAGAAGCACAUCAGCUUAUCCAACAAGAGCUCGAACAGAACGGCCAUGUGACUCAGGACAGGAUGGGCGUGCUUCACACAGCCUUGGAACUCGUCAAACAGAUGUCUUAUCAGACCUCAUCUUCUACGCAUCUUGAUUUGGAGACUACGAUCACUGAUGAAGUCACUGGAUCAGAGCCAUCGCCCCCAGAACUACUGUACAUGAUGUUGCCUGGAAUGACCGGGAAUGAGGGCGAUUAUAAGCACCUCCAUUGGCCAGAUCAUAUCUCGAGUUCGACUUUGGAGAACAUGAUUCUUUGCUUGGUAGAGAAUGGGGGCGACGAACAUCUUCGACUGCAUUAUCGGAUCUACCACAGCCCUGCGGUCAUUGGACGACUGGAAAAGUCACAGCGACAAUACAAGGCUAUCGCACUGGCCGCACUGUGUCGUGUUCAUUUUCUCUCACCUCCCAGCCUUUCACUUGUUCAAGCUCUGCUGUCUGGGGCAAUGCUAAUGCAAUAUAUCGGAAACGUCUCGCGAAGCUGGUCGCUAACAGCUUUCGCAGCCCGCGUGCUCGUGUCUCUUAACAGCCACACCGUGGAAGCCAGACGACUACUACGAACAGAACUGGUCGAAGAUUUUGAUCUAUGUCUUUACUGGUGCUACUAUCUUGACAAGGUCCUGAGUGCUCUUUUCGCACGACAGCCCUCGCUUCCCAAGUUGUAUUUUGACCCUGUCUCGUUGAUUCCCCUGGAUUCUGCAAAUCCACUUCAGAAGACUGUGAAGGUAAUGGUCGAGAUGGCGAAGGUUCAAGAGAGUAUACUGGACAUGCAGAUCAGCCGUGCAGAGAAAGGAGCGGUGGAUAUAUCCCAAGUUGAUUCUCUCAUUCAGAAAGCCGACUCUCUAUUUACUCAUAUCAAAGAAACUCGAUUGACUAUGCCUGAAGAGCUUCAGAAUGAAUUCGACGCCGCAGAGUUCGGAUAUUUCGCCAUGAUGACUAGUAUUCUCAAAUACAGUCGGCCGGCAUACACCUCAUUUUCUCAUCAUGAAUGCCUUGACUUUGCACGAAAAGCUCUCAGCAGCUUGAACUCCAUGUUACAUCCCGCUGGCUUGGAUCUAGACACGGUAGAGCCGUAUCCUUCAUUUUUAUCCUGGACGGUUUUAUUGUACCCGCUGACUCCUUUCUUUGUGCUUUUCUGCAAUGUCGUCUCAUCGUCUCAUUACAAAGACUUUGGCUUGAUGCAAGAUAUCACGAGAGGGUUAUCUCGGUUUGUACACGCAAACAAAUGGAUUCACAAAGUUCAUAGUCUUUUCAACAUGUUCCUCGGUUUAUGUGGCCCGUUAAUGCAACAUGUCGGUUCGGAGAAGCCAUGGAGUAUCGGACACGAUGGGUCGGUCGACAACACAUUACCGCAUGAAAGUCUGGAACAUACAGAUGAAAGUCUGAUGUGGGACUUGUUCACUGCCCAGCCUUCGUUGGAAUGGUUUGAUCUGGAUCUAGGCGACAUUUGA